AUGAACCCUCGAUAUCGUAAGCCUUUAACAUGGGGUAAUUUAUCUGGAGCAUUGGUCUAUCUGGUUCCGUACCUCUUCAUGUGCUACCUGGCUAGAAGAAAAGAUACCCGGCCAAUACGUCUCCUGCUCCUUCCGACCAUUCUGGCAAUGGUCAUACGCGGAACUUACUAUUACGACUGGUUUGAGCCCAGAUAUUAUUUCUUUACGUGGAUUAGAGCACUCUUGGGCAUCACAGUCGCUGUUCAAAGCGUUGAUCUCGCCUUUUCUGCGAAGGGCAGGCUUAAGAUCGGCGAGACAGAGCUUCCACCAUUGUACGGCGACUCGCGAACAUCCGGUGAACAGACCCAGUGUUCAGGAUUGCUCCCACAUUGGGCCCUGGAAGCCUUCGACGUGGCGUUCGCUCUGCGAGGCAUCGGGUGGCAAUUCGGCAAGGGAGCCAGUUUUCCCAAAGACGCAAGAUCGCUCCAGCGCGGCGCGUUUCUCAAAGCUACUGCACUCACAUUUGUCAAAAACUACCUCGUCCUCGACUUCGUCAUCGGCGUGAUCCAACAGCUCCCUGGCGUCGGCUCGACAGCAGGCGGCAGCAUGUUCUACACGAGCCUUCCCUCGUUUCCGCGUUACGUCGCCUCGACACUCAUUUUCUUCAUAUCCGGAGCCGCCAUGACAGCAGGAUUCGAAACUUUGUACGCGCUUGGGACCCUCAUUGGUGUCGGGAUUCUCGGGCAGUCUCCAGCGGCGUGGCCUCCGCUCACGGCCAACCCUUUCGCCACGGAGUCGCUGAGCGACUUAUGGGCCAAGCGCUGGCAUCAGACGCUGCGCAGGACAUUUAUGGUUAUGGGCGGCAUACCCCUGGGAUGGGUUGCCGGUCGUCCGGGCGUCGUAAUAGGUGCUUUCGUCGCAUCUGGCCUCUUCCACGAGCUCGGGGCGUACGCCCUUGGCCGCGGGAUGGACCACCGUGUCACGUUGUUCUUCACUCUUCAAGGCGUCGCGGUAUUACUGGAGAGUCUGUGGUUCGGAAUCACAGGGCGCAAGGUCAGUGGCUGGGCGGGCCGCCUUUGGGCAUAUCUCGUUAUGGUUCCCUCAGGGCAGAUGUGCCUCGACGCGUGGUUCAACCGAGGCCUCGGAGGUUCACUCUUCAUUCCCAAAUUCAUGAGUCCGGCACAGUCGUUGAUUAUUCCAGCAGCCAAGCAAUUUUUAGGUCGUCUAUAGUACAUAAGCUAAUUCCGGUUAUAUACAACUUUUCCCUUCUUGAAGGAGUCAUGUCUACAGUAUACCGAAGAUAAUAUGAAAUAAAGAACAAAACGAGGAAGCAUCAUACACGUAAGGGUACGGCCUGGCACCCAAAAGGGGGAUCUAGCUCGCAGGGGGCGGGAAGGUGGGAGCUACACAAGUAAGUUACUACUGUCCAUGUCAGGAUUUAUCAUCUUCUACUAUCCGAAUACAGCGAAAGGAUCGGCAUGAGUUACGGUAUGAAGGAGCGUUCGAUAUUUUUGCUUUAGGGAAGCGGGUGUUAGCAUGCGCAUUCUGAACCUUGUAUUACGACGUACUUCCUGUAGGAUGAAGGCGAAUCCAUAUGCGAGUUGAAGUCCGUAUCUACUCUGAUAGAAAGCGUCUGAUUCUCCUGUUG